UCCGGAGGGUGGAGGGGCCCGCCGAGCGAGAGGGCCAGAGGGAGUCGCCGGCGGCGUUCCGGGGCAGGGAAGCAGCCCGGGCUGACCUUGGGAAGCGACCUGCGGCGGCGCAGGCUGAGGGAGAGCGGCUGGGCAGGUGAGGGAGCUGCCUGUAACCCCCCAGGCCAGUCCGAGGACUAUGCUCACGGCUCCUUACUCCCUCAGCCAUGGAGAGUCCCAUGUUCGACACUGUCCUGGAGACGACAGAUGGGGUGACCCCUGACCCCAGCUGGACCCUGCCCUACCCACUGGGCUUCCAGGUCUCACUGACGGGCUUCCUAAUGCUGGAAGUUGUGCUGGGUGUGAGCAGCAACCUGACCGUCCUGGUCCUCUAUUGCCUGCAAGCUGGCCUAGUUGACUCGGUCAGCAACAUGGUGACCAUGAACUUGCACGUGCUGGACGUGCUCAUCUGCGUGGUGUGCGCGCCACUCACCAUGGUGGUGGUCCUGGUGCCCCCGGACCGCGCUGCCACCUUGCUGUGCUGCUUCCACGAGGCUUGCAUCACCUUCAGCAGCGUGGCAACGGCCACCAACGUGCUGGUGAUCAGCCUGGACCGCUAUGACAUCUCCGUGCGGCCAGCCCAGCGCGUGUUGACGCCGGCCCGUGCCAUCCUGCUACUGGCUGGCGUCUGGGUGCUGUCCCUGGCGGUUUUCUUCAUCCCUUUCCUCGAGGGCGAGUUUGGCCACGCCGACAAGUGGCAGAACCGCACCGUGCUCUGCGUGGGCCCGAAGGAGUUCCACGCCGAACUCGGCACCUCCUACCACCUGGCCAUCCAGAUCCCCACUUUCUUUGCCGCUGUGGCUGUCAUGCUUGUGACCUACGCCAAGAUCCUGCAGGCUCUCAACAUCAGUAUCGGCAGCACCUUCAAGCGCAGCCAGCGCCGCAAGACCAAGAAGAGGAAGCGGCGGAAAUCGGCCGAGACGAGCUGCAGCCUGCCCAGCGGAGGAGAGGCCAAGCGGCUUUCUCAGCCGGUGUCUGCCCUUUCCGCGCAGCCGCCGAUGGGAGUGCAGGCCUCGGUCUCGGUGAUAGCGCUGCGGCGAGCAGUGAAGCGUCACCGUGACCGGAGGGAGCGCCAGCGGCGCGUUUUCCGCAUGUCUCUUCUCAUCAUCUCAACCUUCUUUUUGUGCUGGGCACCCCUCUCUGUUGCCAACUUACUUAUCCUGUGCAGGGGACCCGGCCCUUUGCUGGGGAAGCUGCGGAUCUGCUUCCUGGCCAUGGCCUAUGGCACCACCAUCUUCCAUCCCCUCCUCUAUGCCUUCACCCGCCAGAAGCUGCGCAAUGUACUCCGUAGCAAGCUGAAGAAGCGGGUGGUGUCAGCCCUGCAGGUAGACCCUGCCCCCGGUGGCACCGUCAUCCACAACUCGUGGGUGGAGCCUCCGCGCAAGAGCUGCAAGGGCCGCCCACGGGGCAGCGAUGGGGCCGAGCACUGUCUGACUGAGGCCACUAAGGAGUGAGGUGCAGUUGCCGGGCCCUGAAAAUGGCUUCUGGAAGAGUUUGGGUGUGUGAACUAGUCACUGCCCUCGUCCGAGUUGGUGAAUAGUGAGUGCCAGACAUUGGAAAGCAAAGGGCAGGGGCUGAGACCUCAUCACGGUCACCAGAAACUACAAAACCGGUGCUAAUCCCUCAGCUGAAGCCACUGAAGAGGGUGAGCAGUGUUUUACCAAGGAGUGAGGGCCAGCCAUAAACAUCUCAAUGAAACCCUAACAAUUUCAGUGCAGGGGGUGACACUGAUUCCUAAUGAGGGUCCCCAACGGGCCUCCCGUAGCCAACGCUGAAGCCACCCGACUGACUGAGGUGAAAGAGGAAGGCUCAGGGCUUCCCGCCGAACAUGUUGGCCAAAUUAUCACACUAAGACCCACAAUUCUUACUGCUACUAUUUAAUGUUUAUAUAGUGCCAACCGUUGUGCUAGAAAUCCACUCAAGGCCAGACUAGCUACAUGUUGGGUUUUCAGUGUGGGCAGCUCCCAGUGAUUUAAAAAAAAACAACACGCUUUGAAGGCCCACAAGGGCCUGCUUUGAAUUGGGACCACAGUGUGUGGGGAGAAAGGCACACCAUUUUCCUGACCUGAAAUGGUCCCAGGUAGCCACUGUUUAACUUGCUGGGCUAAAUGUACGGACACGCUCAAGUUUAGUUCAAAUGGGCAAAUAGCUCCCUAAGGCCAUUUCCGAUCAAUAAACCGGUGGGGGAGCACGACUUAAAGCCUCUGUCCCUGCACACUGCAGAACUAAUCCAAAUCAGCCUCCCUUCCAUGUGCCUUAAAAACUGCUUUUUUCAAAAAUCACUGGCGGUUGUGAACACAACUCACCGCACACGGGUGUUGGAUGAGCACCCUGGAUACUGGGCUGUUGAGUCCUUGGAGCUCAAGGGAGCUAUUCACUGCAACAGCCUCUUAGUUCUUGAUUAAGUACAGGACAGCUGGCACAAACUCUCUUGUCUGCUGAGGGAGGAGAAAGGAGGACCGGAAGGCGUUUAUGGCUGGUGUGUCUGUAGAAAAGGGCUGGAAUUAGCAUGAGCCUCACCCAUACCUUGCUCCUCUGGCAUGGAGGUAUUCCCUCCAGAGGUUAGGCAAACCCUCUUCCAGAAUGUCAGAUCCAGAACCUGCUCAGGAUUUCCAGACAGCGGGGGUGGUUUCCCACUCCCUCCUUCCAAGUACUGGAGCCUGGGAUCUAUAAUCUUCCACAAAUGCUAUCUCACACAUCCAUGUCAGGACCAGUAUCCUAACUCGCUGUGCUAAGGCACUUGCUGGCAAUCAUUUCCCUAUUCGUUUCCCCCAUUGCUGCAUCAGUUCUGCUGUGUUUGGGGGUUUCACCUCUCUAUGGAUGUCUCUGGGAACAAGGGAGAGAAAAAUAGACAUCUCUGAGGAACUUCCUUAGGGGAAGUGACAUCUUUGCUGUAGCCCAUAGCAUCCCUGUUCAUCAGUCCUUGGCCCGAGGGCAGACAAAUCCUGACUCUGUCCUCACAGCAAGGAGCAUAGGCUGCAUGUCCUGGGAAAACAAGAGUCUUCCUGACAGACUUCCCCUUCCAACAGCAGAACUUGAUGGGACCCUUUUAUAUACACGUUCUGGAUAACAACAGUGUCUCUGCUAACAGGUUUAGGGUGUUCUGAAUGGCGGGUGCAAAAGCUUGGGAUUGGGUUUGAUAAAGUUGACGGCUCCUUGACAGAACUAUUUGAGGACUCUUCCAGUGUAUUUAGUGCCGAUGGACAACAGGGUGACAGUGAAUGACUUGUGUGUCCGCUUUUUAAUGGAGAUUCUUUCAGAGUUGAAUUCAUCCCCUAGCCAGGAGGUAGUAUACAAGUUGCAUUUAUCUCUUCCCAAGGCUGCCAUAAAGCAUCCGUGUGUUCAAGCAUACACUUGCAAAUUUCCCAACGCUGCAAGGGAGCCCAAGAUACCUCCCUCCACCCAACCAUUCAUUUCUGGGUUGUUUAAUGGAAGGAAGAGAGCUGGGGUCUAGAAACCAGUUGCAAGCACUCCCAAAAGUUGCCUGGUAGUAAUCCUAGCAACUGCCCAUCUCCUCCCUUCCUCCUUCAUGACCAUCUGCAAAAUGGCUGAACAGUACACUGAGACGUUGCUGGGCGAACAGCCUUCCCUCACUCUGCCCUCUAGAAUGGACCCCAGAUUCCUCUGGAUCUUCAGCAACGAUCAGUAACGAGCGGGGUUAUGAGUAGAAAUUUCCAAACACCAACGUAAUUUGGGAGGCCAGCAAAGCGUUGAGAGUUUUGCCUGGUAGCUGACAGGAAUUAUCUCACCUCGGAAGCCCUUGACGUGGAAACUGUCCUGUAUGGCAAUAUACACACGGGCAUUCAGACACGCAAGCCACAAUUUCACGCCCUUUCUUCACCCCGAACCCACCCGUAGGUUAUCAACAAAAGACUCGUGUCUUCCUCACCUGUUCUGUAUGGCAAAAAGCAAAUGAACUGGCUGACGUAAAUAAUGGUGCCCAGCCUGUGAAAGUGCCUGGAUUCCUGCUGCUGGGAGCUGAAGGGGAUCCCACAGCGGCCUCCCCUCCCCCCUCCUCUGUGUAUAUCUGUGUACUCUAGCGAUAGAUGUAAUAUUCUGAAAGUUGUACUGCAGCCAGUUAAAGGCAAUAAAGAGCUGGUGAGUUACA